AAGAAACAGAUAAAGUUUACUUUCAGAAAAAUGACAUCCGUACAAGACAGAUUAAAACUAAAAAGAUCUUAUGAUAAUUGGAGUACACGUGAACAACUAUGCUUAGCUUCUAGUGUAUUAAAAUCAGGAGAUCAAAAUUGGAUGAGUGUAUCGCGAUCAUUAAAAACAUUUAUUGAGAAAGAAACAUUAAGGCCACCUGACUGGUUUUCUCAAAAAUCUUGUGCUAUGCAAUAUGCACAUUUAUUGGAAAAUGCAGAUACUCCCAAGAGAAAAAAAAGGGAAAGUGGAGAAACAACAGGUGAAUCAAUAGUUAGGAGGUUAACACAAGAAAGAAUAGCUGAAUUAGGGCAAAUUUUAGCUUUUCAAAGAGAUGAAUACCAACAACUUAAAACUGAAAUGAACAUAUUAAAAUCUGGGACAAUAACAGAAGACAAGUUACAGAAGAUGUGGCUUGCAAUUGAGCAAGAAGAACGAGAACAAGAACAAAAGGCAAGAGCACAUUCUGCAUGGUUAGCAAAACGUCAACAAAAGCAAGAAUUAACUCCACCUCAAACACUAUCUGCUAUAAGUCAACGUAAAUCUACAGAAAAUACAGUAGAAAUUCAAGAAACAGCAGAAACUGUAGAUGAAGAUGAAAAGAAAAAUAGAGGAGGACGGUCACCAUUAUUAACAAGUUUAUUAAAAUCACCAAGUCCAACAACACAAAUCCAGACUUCAACUACUACAGCACAAGUAAGCUCUCCUACAAUUACAAGUCUGCUUGGUUCUAGCCCUAAAGUGCCAAAUUCUCAACUGACACAAAAUGUGUCACCACAAUUGCAUCAACUAGUUACUUCUGCAAUUUCAAAUGUACCAUCAGAAAGACCAUCAGUUGGUGCACCAACCUUAUCCAUGUUAUUAGAAAUGCCAGCUAAUGCACAAAGAGGUCCCUUACCUAAUUUACAAUCAACUCCAAUUGUGUCUCAACAAAAUGUGCCUACUGAAGUUCAUAACAUUCAACCACAACCCAUUCAUCAAGUAACAGUUCAAAAUGAAACACCUGUAGCUGCUCAACCACUUACAAUUAAUGCACCAAAUAUUCAAGCUACGGAAAGUAUGGUACAGAUUAUAGAUCAUAUAGAUGAUGUAAUACGUAAAGAUAUAAUGGCAGAUGUAAUAGACAAAGAUGAAAUUAAUGAAAUUAUUGGAGAUAUAGAAGAGUUAAUAAAAGAAGAAAUAACUGGGAGUCCACAAACUUUAGAUACAGCUACACCAACAAUUAAUACUAUUACUGUACCCCAAAUUCAAGAAGUACCAGUGGUGACAGAACGACCAGAACCAAGAGAUGUAGAUGAAGUUGUGUCACUUUGUAAUUCACCAGAAAGUGAAAUGGCUAUUGAAGAAAUUGAUUCCAGUACAUCAAAUAUUGCAGAAAUUAUAGGAACAGUUGCUAUUGAACCACAAGAACCUAAAGUUAUUGUUACUGAGAUAUCUGAAACUAUAACAAAUACAUCUGAAGAAGUAAAAUCUGAGGAAAGUACUUGUGAUGAAAGAGUAGCAUUGAAUGAAGAACUUGUUCCUGAAUUAGAGACUCAGGAUGGUGAAAAUAGCAAAGAUACUCAAUUAGAAGAAAAGCAAAUGGUUGAAGAAUUUGACACUAUGGAUUCUACUUCAAAUGUGGAAGCUGACGAAAAUGACACAAAAAUGCCUAUAAAAGAAUUAAUAGAUGAAGUAGUAGAAGAUGAAAUGGAAGAAGAAGAAGAAACUGAAGUAGUUGUACCACCAGAAGCUAAAGAAUCACCUUGUAAUAAACUGCAAAGAGUAUCUACUGAAGAGAUAGAAAAUAAAAGCAAUAUGGAAUUAGACCAAUUAGAAAUGCACCUUGCUAAAAUAACAGGUGAACAGCAGGAUGUUCCAUCAGCAGAAGUUGUUAGUGUUUCGUCUGAAGUAACAAAUGAUCUUCCUAGCACUGAAGAUACAGAAAAAUCCCAAGACAUUAGUUUAAUUUUAGAAGAUGAUGAAAGUAGUUCAGAUGAUAAAAAGAAAAUAACAGAGGAACAGAUCAUAGAGAAUACUAUUGAAAGUACAGAAUCUAUGGAAUCAUUCAAAGAAGAGCCUAUAAUUGUAGUAAAAGAAAAAACUAUUAUAGAAGUAAGUGAGGAGUCUCCAGAAAAAUCUCAAGAGGAACAGACAGAAGAAGCUUUAGAAAUUUAUACAGAUGAGUUUAAGAAGGAAGAUACAAAAGAUUCUUCAGAAGAUACAACAAGCUCUAUUCUACAAGACAUAGAAAUUAAGGAAGAAGAAAUAGAGGAAACAGCAAUUGUAGAAGAUCCUAAUCAAUUGGUGUCUGCAGAAGAAAUAGAAAGUUUAAAAACAGAACUUGCAGAGCCUAUUAAAUCUGAACCUGAUCUUUCCAUUGUUAAAAAGGAGGAAACUGCAUAUGUGGAAUCAAAAGUAGGAGAAGAAUCCAAAAUUCCAUUGGAAAACACUCUCAUACCAGAAAUAAAAAAAGAAGAAAUUCAAGUAAAAGAAGAAAAAGAAGAGAGAAAAAAUGUUGAUAGUGAACCACGUGUAAAAAAGGAACCAGAAUCUAUCACAAGUGCUGGAGAAGAUACUGUUGAACUAGAUGAGGAAGAAUCAUCACUAAGCAAGUUAAGUGGAGGACGUGCUAUGAAGACUUAUUCAAAGAAGCAAAAUGUUUCUAUUGACAGUGAACCUGAAAAUGAAGGUACUGGAGAAGGUGCUGAUUAUAGAGCAUGGAAAAAGGCAGUCAUGUUAGUUUACAAUCGACUUGCUACACACAAAUAUGCAUCUGUGUUUUUAAGACCUAUUACAGAAGAUCAAGCACCUGGAUAUCAUUCAGUUAUAUUUAGACCUAUGGACUUAUCCACCAUUAAAAAAAAUAUAGAUAAUGGCACAAUCAGAUCUACAAUGCAUUUUCAACGUGAUGUUAUGUUAAUGUUCCAAAAUGCCAUUAUGUAUAAUAAACAUGAUACAUUUAUUUAUAAAAUGGCAGUUUCAAUGCAAGAAGAAUGCCUACAGCACAUGCAGAUAUUAGUGCAAGUCACAGGGGAGGGCACACUCAGGAGGGAAACAAGAACUGCAGCAAGCAGUAGUAGUGAGGCUAGUGAAAGUAGUAUAAAAAGAAAACGAAGCCACAUUACACCUAGUCCACAUGAUACUGACAGUCCACGUUCAAAAAAACGUAGAAAAUCAGAAAAUGAUUAG